AUGGGCAAGACCACUAAGCAAUUCAAGAAAUUCGCUUCAUCUGGCAAACUGAAAGAUACCAUCAGGGCUAGACGUCAGCACCAACAGAUCCGUCAGAAAACCGAAACUCGUAUCGCUCAUCGAGCUAAACAACGAGGUGCUCCUCGGGCUGAACAUGGUGAAGGUUCCGAUGAAGAAGGUGAUGAACGGGAUUCUCGGGCCAUACAAAGAGGUGGAAGAGCAGGAGGGAUAGACAAGACUUUAGAUGAGGUAUUUGAAGGAGGUUUAGAAGUUGAUGAAGAAGGUUCAGAACUUGAAGAGUUGAGUGACGAGGAGGACGAUGAUGAUGAGGAGGAGGAGGAGGAAGAGGAGGGGGGACAAGAUGGAGGGAUGUUGGAUGAGAAAGAGAUGGAGAAAGCUAUGAAAGAUUUGGAAAAGAAAGAUCCAGAGUUUUAUAAGUAUUUGAGAGAAAACGAUUCAGAAUUGUUAGAGUUCAAAAAGGGCAAAGAGAAGGAUGAUGAGAUGUUGGAUGAAGACGAGGACGAAGAUGCCGGUGAGGAUGAUGAUGAUGUGGCUGAUGAUGAUGAGAUGGAGGUGGAAGAAGGGAGGAAGAAAAUCAGUGUGACUAUGAAAAUGCUUAGACAAUGGCAAGAAGCUAUGUUGAAACAACACUCGAUAAGGAGCUUGAAAAGCACUUUACUCGCUUUCCGAGCAGCGGCACAUAUGAACGAAGACGAUGCCGAUCAAGGUAGUGGGAGAGAUACCAAAUAUUCCAUCGAUAGUGCUGCUGUAUUCAAUAAACUCGUCAUUACCGCGUUGAAGUUCACACCCGUCGUACUCGCUCAUCAUAUGCCUUACAAGGCACUUCCUAACGGACGAUUUAAACUCCACCAAGCGAAGAAAUCCGCUCAACCUCUUAACAGACUUGUGUUAUCCCAUCUAUCCACCCUCCUUCAUCUCAUUAAAUCACUCCCUUCUUCCUCUACGGAAGACUCCGGUCUUGUGCUCACCGCUAUUGGGGAAAGCAGCAAGUUGUUGCCUUGGAUCCUUGGAGCGAGAAAACAUGUCAGGGCGUAUCUCAAGGUGAUGCUCGAUCUUUGGAGUAGCGCAGGUGAUGAAGUUAGGAUCGCGUCUUUUUUGGCAGUUAGGAGAUUGUUCGUCGCUGGAGAUGAAGGGAUUAAGGAUUUGUGUUUGAAAAACACAUACCGUUCCCUUCUUCCCCCUUUACGCAACACCACCCCUCACACACUUCCCUCUAUCAACUUGAUGAAAAACACCGCCGCUUCAUUGUACCAAAUCUCCCCCGCUCAAUCUUACACUCACGCAUUCGGUGCCAUCCGUAUGCUAGCUGUUCACCUCCGGAAUGUCGUCCGAGCUUCUACUUCAGGUAAGGCAGGAGAGAAUCAAGAAGCUUUUAGAUCGGUAUAUAAUUGGCAAUAUGUUCAUUGUUUAGAUUUUUGGAGUUUGGUUCUGGGAGCUGCUUGUGCUAAGGGUGUAGAAGGGGAAGAAUUGAAACCUUUGAUUUAUCCUUUGGUCCAAAUUGCGUUAGGCGUUGUUCGUCUUCUGCCUUCUUCACGUUACUUCCCCCUUCGAUUCCACAUCCUCCAUUCCCUAAUCUCCCUCUCCCGUAAAACAUCCACAUACAUACCCCUCUCCCCUUUCCUUCUUGAAAUACUAUCUUCUUCCGAAUUCCAUUCUCAUCCGAAAUCAUCCUCCCUCAAACCCCUGGAUCUAGAAUAUAUAAUCCGUGCUCCAGCUCAAUAUCCAAAGACUAAGAUAUAUCAAGAAUGUCUAUCUGAAGAAUUGAUCUUUCUCUUAGCUGAUCAUCUCUCUUCUUUCUCUACCCACGUCGCUUUCCCAGAAUUAUCUCUACCGGUAGUGAUGACCCUUCGAAAACAUUUGAAGAAAGGUACUGCCGGAGGAGCCAAGUCUCAGAAUUUGAUAAAAGGUCUAGUGGAAAGAAUUGAAGAGACUAGAAAAUGGGUAGAAGGUAAGAGAAGGAAUGUGGGUUUCGCACCUAAAGAUCUUGGGGAAGUUAGGAGGUUUUUGGGUGAUACAGAAGAGGAUAAGACACCUUUAGGAGGAUGGAUGAGGGUACAGAGGAAGAUGAGGGAUAAAAGGAGGUUAGAGGUUGAACGUGCUUUGAGGGAAGAAGGUGAUGAGUCAGAGUAA